AUGCAGAGAGAGCACCCGUUGGAGGUUGGUCAUUCCGACGGGAAGAGGCGACUGGACUUCUUGGACAUUCUUUUGUCGGCCAAAGAUGAGCAGGGCCGGGGACUGGACAGGCAGGAAAUACAGGACGAAGUCGAUACAUUCACAUUUGAAGGUCACGAUACCACAGCUUCUGCUCUGGCCUGGGGUAUAUAUGCCCUCGGACAGUACCCUGAUAUACAAGAGAAAGUGUAUGAAGACGCCAAGAGCGUUGUAGGAUCGAAAAAACAUGUCGACCCUGGGGAUCUACAUGCCUUCAAAUAUAUCCCUAUAUACAUCAAGGAAGUUCUGCGCUACUACACCCCAGUCCCAGUCAUAAGCAGGAAGAGCCCAAAUACUAUCGUGCUGGACGGAUUGGAGAUACCACCCGGUUCUAGAGUGGAUGUACCUAUCUACAUUAUGCACCAUAACCCUGCAAUUUGGAAAAAUCCUGAGGAUUUCCGCCCAGAGAGAUUUAGCGACAAACAGAAAGUAGAGCAUGAAGUGUUCGGUUUUGCACCUUUCUCUGCCGGAUCCAGAAACUGUAUUGGUCAAGUAUUUGCCUUGAACGAACUUAAGAUUUCACUUGCUAAGUUUGUCAAUAGGUUUGAGGUUCGACCGGAUCCAGGUCAUAAGCCGGAUAUGCUGUGGGAUAUGAUCACUCGGUCCACGACUGGACUUAAAGUGUGCCUGAAGGAAAGGUCCAACAGACGCCAGUGCUAGAACUACAGAGACCUUAAACAUUUGUGUUUUCUGAAA